CAUUAGCAAUCUUUAUUUGUUCUAGAUGUCCUCUAGAAAUGCAUAUGGUGCACUAUGAUCGUCAGUUCAAAAAACUUGGCGAUGCUGUAAAAUUUAAUCAGGGUUUGGCCGUGCUUGCAGUGUUAUUCUAUGAAACAAAGGAACCAAAUACAGUGCUCCAGCCCUUGUUGGAAUUCAUGCCUGAAGUGAGUCAAACAGAGGGAAUCCCAUACAAGUUAUCCCAACAUGUAACACUCCAGAAUUUAUUGCCUGAUGAACUAAAUUACUUCUAUCGUUAUGCUGGAUCACUCACAACACCAAACUGUGAUGAAUCAGUUGUGUGGACAGUUCUAGCACAACUUGUACCUAUUGGAGUACAGCAGGUGGCACAGUUUCACAAGGUUCAGUCACACCAUGAACCACUCACAUCCAACUUCAGACCAAUCCAAACGGUGAACAAGCGGCAGAUCUACUUGCAGCAACCUUCCGAAAGAUAUCAAGAAAUAUCAGCUGCCUCCAGUGUAUAUGAAUCUUGUUUUAUUGUAAUUGUAUUGAGUACAUUCAGUAUAACUCAUUGACUUUUUCUUCAUAGUUAACUUAGUCUGGAUGUAAUAAUACCAGGAAUAAAGAAAAACUCAAUUCCCA